GGAGGAAGUUCUGCAGGAGGGAGAUAAUCGUCUUAAAUCUGUUUUGCCCACAGACAAUGGUGAGGUCACUGUCCUGCAGGCAGGAAGGCACGAGUUCCCCUUCACCUUCCAGCUCCCCGAGACCCUGGCUACCUCCUUCGAGGGAAAGCACGGCAGCGUGCGCUACUGGGUGAAAGCCAAACUGCACAGACCCUGGUCGACAGUGAAGAAAGCGAAGAAGGAGUUCACCGUGAUUGAACCCAUCGACAUCAACACGCCUGCGCUGCUGGCUCCCCAGGCAGGUGCUAAGGAGAAACUUGCUCGUGCCUGGUACUGCAAUCGUGGCCAGGUGUCUGUGACUGCCAAGAUCGACCGAAAAGGCUAUACCCCAGGUGAGGUCAUCCCUAUCUUUGCUGAGAUCGACAACUGCACCAGCCGAGCGGUGGUGCCCAAGGCGGCCAUCAUCCAGACGCAGACCUUCAUCGCGCGGGGCACCAAGAAGCAGAAGAAGUCGGUGGUGACCAGCAUCGUCGGUGACUCCAUUGCAGCGGGGAAGCGGGAAGUGUGGCACGGGCGGGCGCUGAAGAUCCCGCCGGUGGGUCCGUCCAUCCUCCAGUGCCGCAUCAUCCAGGUCGAAUACUCCCUGAAGGUUUGCGUGGAUAUUCCUGGAACGUCCAAGCUGCUCCUCGAACUGCCGCUCGUCAUCGGAACCAUCCCGCUGCAUCCGUUUGGGAGCCGCACGUCCAGCGUCAGCAGCCAGUACAGCGUCAACCUGGACUGGCUGAGCUCCAUCCCAGAGCAGCCGGAGGCUCCCCCUGAAUAUUCAGCGGUCGUGUCCAGCCCAGAGGCCGAGCAAAGCCUGGCUCCGCCGUGCCGCAGCGAACUGGGCGGCAUCCUGGAAGGUCCCUUCUUCGCCUACAUCCAGGAGUUCCGCUUCCGACCACCUCCGCUGUAUUCGGAGAUUGAUCCAAACCCUCCUUCAGACAGCAUCCGUCCGCGCUGCAUGACCUGUUGA